AUAUCUCAGCGGCCUUCCCUCCCCCAAUUACAUACCCAAUCGAUUUGUUUUUUAUUUUUGCAGCGUAAGAUUGUGAUGAAGGUACCGAUGAAUUGCCGGAAAUGCCAAACAAAGGCGCUCAAAAUUGCUGCUAAAGUAGAUGGUGUGAGGUCUGUGGCGUUGGGAGAGGAAAAAGACAGAGUGGUGGUGAUUGGGGAGGGAGUGGACGCCAUUAAGUUGGUCAAGAGCUUACGGAAGAAAUUCAAGGCCGCCGACAUUAUCACCGUCGCAGAAGUCAAGUGAGUAAGUGCUCAUCCAAGAGCCUACCUAGGACGUCCUAUCUCGCUGCUAAUUAAUUAAGCUAAGCUAAUGAUGAUCAAUUAAUAUCCAUAUACAUUAUAAAU